UAAAUAAUAAAAAAAAUGAAAUCUUUGUGCGUGUAUUAUAUCAAUUUGUGUAUAUUUUUUAGUGCAGUAGCGACUAAUGUCACUGUUCAGAAACAUCACGUUUCUCGUGACAAACGUGGACAGGUUCUCGGCAACGUGCGGGGAUUCCGGGGUUGUACCGUUUGGUUUACAGGAUUAUCCGGUGCCGGAAAAACGUCCGUAUCCUUCGAACUGGAAGCGUAUUUGGUCGCCAGAGGAAUACCAGCCUACGGAUUAGACGGCGACAACAUGCGAACUGGAUUAAACAGAGAUCUGGGAUUUAGCCCUGCCGAUAGAGAAGAGAACAUCAGACGCGUGGCCGAAGUGGCUAAAUUGUUCGCUGACAGUGGCGUGGUUACACUGUGCAGUUUUGUGUCUCCAUUUCAACAAGACAGGGAAAUGGCCAGAAAGAUACACAAGGACGCUGAUUUACCAUUUUUUGAGGUGUUUGUUGAUGCACCAUUAAGUUCUUUUUCAACCUUAAAAAGGUUGAAAAGUUAUCUAAGAUCAACAAUGAAUGAAGAAGUAAUUCCCCUGCAAAUGAAUCGUGACAUUGACCGUAUUACCGAACUGUUUGUCCCAGAAAACGCAAUAGAAAAAACCAAAUCCGAAGCACUAUUACUUCCUCGACUAGACAUUGGUAAGAUGGACACACAAUGGGUACAAGUAUUGGCUGAAGGUUGGGCAGCUCCACUUGGUGGUUUCAUGAACGAAGAAGAAUAUUUACAGACUUUGCAUUUCAAUAGUUUUAGUGAGGAUGUUAACCAAUCCAUACCUAUUGUUUUGCCCAUAACCACUGAUAAAAAGGAACAGCUAUUUGGCUGUGAAGAAAUUGCUUUAUGGUAUAAUUCAAAACCGAUAGCAAUACUUCGUAAACCAUCAUUCUAUCCACACCGUAAAGAAGAACGAGUAUGUCGUCAAUUUGGAACAUCGCAUCCCAAUCAUCCUUAUAUAAAAACAAUUUAUGAAAGUGGUGAUUGGUUGGUUGGUGGUAACUUAGACGUUAUAGAAAGGAUCUUAUGGAAUGAUGGUUUGGACGAUAUUCGUUUCACACCAAAUGAACUCCGUGCAAAAUGGAGAGAAAUGAAAGCAGAUGCAAUAUUUGCUUUCCAACUUCGAAACCCAAUACAUAACGGCCAUGCACUAUUAAUGCAGGACACUAAGAAAAAACUUCUUGAACGCGGAUAUAAGAAACCAGUGUUACUGUUACACCCUCUUGGUGGCUGGACAAAAGACGAUGAUGUUCCACUUCAUGUGAGAAUACUUCAACACAAAGCUGUACUUAAAGAUGGAAUUUUGGAUCCAGAAAAUACUGUGUUGGCUAUUUUCCCAGCACCUAUGAAUUAUGCUGGACCUACAGAGGUGCAAUGGCAUGCCAAAGCUCGUAUGUCUGCCGGAGCAAACUUUUACAUUGUGGGCAGGGAUCCAGCAGGAGUUCCCCACCCAGAUCCUAACACAUCGGGUGAUUUAUUUGAUCCCACUCAUGGUGCUCGUGUGUUGACUAUGGCACCAGGACUGUCAGACUUGGAGAUCAUUCCAUUUCGUGUAGCAGCCUACGACAAAACAAAAAAAGCCAUGGACUUUUAUGAUUCUACCCGGCAUAAUGAUUUCAACUUCAUUUCUGGCACAAAAAUGAGAGGUCUCGCCAAAGAUGGUGUCGAACCACCUGCUGGGUUCAUGGCAUCUUCUGCCUGGGAAGUACUCGCCAGCUAUUACAAAUCAUUGAACAAACUUUGAACAAGAUUUUCAUUUAUUUAUAUUUGUCCAUAAUGGACAGUGGACAUUCCUAUUUUAAUGAACUAACAAUCCCUCCAUUUCUUUUUAAACUUCUUUACUUCUAUGUGUGUGAGUUAUUUUAAUUUUUUGUUUUUUUUUUCAUUAUUUUGGUGCGUUGAACAAUUUAUAUUAGUAGUAUAUAGAAUAGCUUUUUUUAUUAUUGUUAUUAUACAUUAGUAUAAUACUUGUAUACGUUUGAAUGAUAAUAUUUAUUUUGAAAAAAUGACAGUAGUAUAUUUAAUUUGUAUAGUUUAAUUACAGCCAUUGAACUAAAAAUAUUAUAAUGAACAGUUAAACGACCAAAGUGUAUACUCCUAUUCAUAUUGACUAUUAGUCUUAGAUAGUAAUAUAUUAUAUUAUAUAAAUUAGUUGUUUUCAGAAUGUAUUUUUUAAUAUUAUUCUACUGCUAUUGCCUAUUGAUUACAAUAUUGAUACCAAUGGCUUAAUUCAUGUGUUACCAUUGUUAAACAUUUUAAUUUUAAUUUAAAUAUAUAUAUUUUAUUUCUAAA